AUAAAUCUGUUUCAAUGUCUUGUAACAAGUUGUGGUAUCUGUAUUUAAAAUUCCCGCUAAUAUUGUGACGCAAACUGGUAUUUGAUGUUCAUUGGCUAAACUCGCAUAAGAUGCGCACCUCCCAUGUCCCCGUUUCAACAAUUCAACAUGCUUCGGCGCUCUUGUUAAAUCGAUACAUUCCGUCGACGGAAUCCUUGAGCCGGAGUGUUGGCGCAUCAUACAAAGAUAACAAUUAGUUUUGACAUUAUAACGAACUUUGAGUGGCCGAAAUACAUAAUUGAAUGUAAAGUAUAGGAAAGAAUAUUGUAGCCUCCCAGUUAUUAAGAAAUAGAUAUGAACAACCGAUGACUUUAUCGUGAUUAGUGUUAUCUAGAUAUUAACUUAUAAAAAUUUGAUUGAAUUACGACAAUUUCUUGUUCAUGACGUUUUUUUCAAAACACUAACUCAUUGUGAGCAUAUAAGUGUGAUUGUUAUUGACAAGGAAAAGCUAAUAAGAUGAGAUUUAAAACUUCCAUGUCCAAAGAGCCGAAACAUACAGAACUUGUUGGGUGUGUUGGUUGGUGCAAUACAGAAGAGGUGUACACAUGUGGUGAUGAUCAUAUUCUAUUCAAGUGGAAUCUUGUUACAAAUGAAACUCUAAAAGUGACAGAUCUACCUUCUGAUUUGUAUCCAACUGACCUUCAUUGGUUUCCAAGAGCACAUGGAAAGAAACAAGGUCUUGAUUUGUUACUCAUUACUGCGGCUGAUGGCAAGUAUCAUUUGAUUAAUAAGAAUGGAAGAUUUGAAAAAACAGUCGAAGCCCACAAAGGAGCAAUUCUCAGUGGGCGUUGGAGUUACGAUGGAGCAGGCCUUCUCACAGCUGGGGAGGAUGGACAGGUCAAAAUAUGGUCACGUAGUGGAAUGUUACGUUCUACAAUCUUACAAAGUGAUACUCCUGUGUAUUCUGCUACAUGGGGGCCAGAUUCAAAUCAAGUUCUUCAUACUUUGGGCAAAAUGUUAGUCAUUAAACCUUUAACACCCAACAGCAAAGUAAACAAGUGGAAAGCACAUGACGGUAUUAUUCUGAAAGUUGCAUGGAAUCCUAGUAACAAUUUAAUUGUUUCUGGAGGAGAAGAUUGUCGUUACAAAGUUUGGGACACCUAUGGGCGACAAUUGUAUGGUAGUCACCCACAUGAUUAUCCCAUCACAGCUUUAGCGUGGUCUCCAAUGGGUGAUCUGUUUGCAAUGGGCUCGUACAACACUUUGCGUUUAUGUGACAAAACCGGAUGGUCUUAUUCACUAGAGAAACCCAAUACUGGUAGUGUGUUUAACAUUGCAUGGUCAAGUGAUGGAACACAGGUGGCAGGUGCCUGUGGAAAUGGUCAUAUUAUCUUUGCACACAUCAUUGAAAGACGCCUCGAAUGGAAUGAUUACGAAGCUAUUGUCACAGGGCGUAAAAGCAUAUCAGUCCGGAAUGUGAGUAAUGAAGCUCGUGAGAAGUUAGAGUUUCCGGAUCGGGUAAUCAAGUUGGCCCUCCAAUACGGGCAUUUAGUAGUAGUGACUCCUACUCAGUGCCACAUUUACAGCACUUCAAAUUGGAACACACCAGUCAUCUUUGAAUUGCGUGAAGGGUCUGUAUGCAUGCUUCAGUUGGCUGCAAGGCAUUUUCUAUUGGUUGAGAAGACAACUGCUGGACUGUAUAGUUAUGAAGGGAGACUAUUAUGUUCUCCUCGUUGGCAAGCCAUGCAGCCUGAUACUCUCAAUGAAAGUAGUGUUAGUAUUAGUCCUGACACAAUAGCUGUCAGAGACCAAGUAGAUGACAAAGUGGUGCUUCUUUUUGAGGUGGGAACAGCUCGCAGUCUAUCUGACUUGCCACCUUUGAAUCAUUCAUUGGGAGUAAUUGAUGUUGCACUAAGCCAAGCAGGAACAGCAGCAGAGCGUCAACUCACUGUGCUGGAUCGAAAUAGAGACUUGUACUUAAGUACUGUUCGAGGUUCUUCUUCCCGAAAGCUUCGUAAACUUGGUUCAAUGAUCCAGUCUUUGUGUUGGAAUAGUGACACCAAUAUGCUAGCUGCAGUUCAAGAUAUGAAUUUAACUGUUUGGUAUUAUCCAAAUGUCUUGUAUGUUGAUAAAAGAUUAUUGAAGAAAACUCUUCUUAUCAAAGAUGCUAGUGAAUAUGGUAAAAAUCCAAUGAUUGUGAGUUUUGUUGGAAAUCAUAUUGGUAUUCGACGAGUUGAUGGUUCACUUGUGAACUCUGCCAUCUCUCCAUUCCAAGCUGUUUUACAUGGAUAUACAGCUUCCAAUCACUGGGAUGAUGCAUUACGAUUGUGCAGAAUUGUGAAGGACACAGCUCUAUGGGCCUGCCUAGCUGCAAUGGCAACACACGCAAAAAAUCUUGCUACAGCUGAAGAAGCUUAUGCAGCAAUUGAUGAGAACGAUAAAGUCGAAUACAUACAGUACAUCAAGAAAGUCCCUAUGCGACACGCUCAAGCAGCAGAAAUGGCAUUACUUGGAGGUAAUAUUCAAGAUGCUGAGAGCAUGUUAUUGCAGAAUGGACGAAUAUUUCAUGCAAUAAUGACUCAUAUUCAAUUACAUAAUUGGCAGAGGGCUCUGGAAUUGGCAGUAAAACAUAAAACUCAUGUGGAUACAGUUUUGUUAUUUCGUACGAAAUACCUUGAGACAUUUGAGAAAGUUGAAACAAAUGAAAAAUUCUUACAAUUUAAAAAUGAGGUGAUAUUGGAUGAAGAGAAAAUCAAUGCAAAAAUACAAAAUGAGUAUGAAAGAGAAAACGCAGUUCCUUAGUUUCACGUUCUGGAAAAGUUGAAAAUACCUCAGUCCGUCCAAUGUUAGUUAGAAUUAAGAUUUGAAAAAUUACAUUUUUGCUAACCCAUAUUUUAUUUUGUCAAAUAUAAAAUCGUAUUUUAUUACAUGACACUUUUACACUCUGAAACAUAGAGACUAGUACUGACUAAAAACACAGACUGUCACAACAUUAGAUUGUACUCAAAGCAAAUAUUGUUGACUUGUGUGAUGACUAGGCACAGUUUACAGUUAAUAUUUUUCACUUGUUUAUAUAAAAUGAUUAAAUAAUUCCCAACUG